AUGUGGUAUCGUAUUGUCUUCUUUUAUUUGUCCAUCCAUAUGUCCACCCAUCCACCUGUCCAUCAGUCUGUCAGUUUACAUGUCCAUCCAUCCAUCAAUCCAUCUGUCUACCUGUCCACCCACCCAACCAUCCAUCCACAUGAUCACCCAUCCAUCCAUCUGUCUAUCAGUCUAUCCAUCCAUCCAUAUGCCCACCCAUCCACCUGUCCAUCAGUCUGUCAGUUUACCUGUCCAUCCAUCUGUCUACCUGUCCACCCACCCACACAUCCAUCCAUCCACAUGUCCACCCACUCAUUCAUCCGUCCAUCCAUCCAUAUGUCCACCCAUCCACCUGACCUGAUCUGAUCUGUCACUUUAUCUGUCCAUCCAUCCAUCUACAUGUCCAUCUGUCCAUCCAUCCAUCCAUCCUGUCUACCUAUCCACCCACCCACACAUACAUCCAUCCACAUGUCCACCCACUCAUUCAUCCGUCCAUCCAUCCAUCCGUCCAUCCAUCCAUCCAUCCAUCUACAUGUCCAUCUGUCCAUCCAUCCAUCCAUCCUGUCUACCUAUCCACCCACCCACACAUCCAUCCACCUGUCCACCAGUCCAUCCAUCCAUCCGUCUACCUGUCCACCCACCCAUCCACCUGUUCCCCAUCCAUCCAUCCAUCUAUCCAUCCAUCCAUCC